UGGGGUUAGGGUUAAAGCAGGGGAUCUGGCCCCUACCUAGAGUCUGUGGCUUCUUGCUAUGCAGAGUUCCGGGAAUUCCUAAUGGGUUGGUUUUGAGGUACAACUGCCUAGGCGUUGCUGCUGUGUUGCAGAGGGAAAAGGCUUCUCCCCACCAGCUUCCUACCCCUUGCGGUAACUACAGGCAGGAAACUUGAAAUCUGAGCUUCCUGAGUUAAGGUCCAUAGAGGAUGGGAUACCCUGGCAGAUAUGGAGAGAUCAGGGGUUAUCUGGGCCUGUGUCCAUUGCCGUAGGCCUUUGUGUUAAGAAUCUCAUAGUUGUGUCCCUUUGUUGUAUCCGUGUGUACUUUCUCCCCGUCAACCAGAGCAUGGGCUGAGUGGAAGAAAUGGGAAGAUGGGGUCAGACAGGGAGCCUGGGGAGGGGCGAUGGUGCCAAGCCAGUUGUGGGGGAGACUGGAGAAGCCGCUUCUCUUCCUGUGCUGUGCCUCCUUCCUCCUGGGGCUCACUUUGCUGGGCAUACAGCCAGACAUCACCCCCGUUGCUUAUUUCUUUCUCGCCUUGGGUGGCUUCUUUUUGUUUGUCUGCCUCGUGGCCUGUUCUCUGGAAUGGGGAUUCCGAUCAAUGCAGACGGAGAACCCAGGGGCCUCGGGCAAUGCACGCGACAAUGAAGCCUUUGAGGUGCCAACCUACGAAGAAGCUGUGGUGCUGGAAUCACAAUGCCACCCCCAGCAGCUGGAUCAACCACCCCCCUACAGCAGUGUUGUAAUCCCUCCAGGACUUGAGGAAGGACAGCCCAGCCAUCCAGACGGCCCCGACAGAGCCAGACUAGGAAGGCGAGUGGGCUCAGAGGGGUCUGUGACUGGAAGAGUUCCAGUCAGCCUCCGACUUCGGGGACCCCGGGUCAUGUCCACUGCUCCUGAUCUGCAGAGUUUGGGGGUGCACCCCACGUUGGAGCCUCUUACUCCACCCCCCGCCUAUGAUGUCAGCUUUGAUCAACCGGAUGAUGAUGUUUUCUUUGAAAACAACUGGACACCCCCCUAAAAGACUUUCCCACGAUAUAUUAUCAUCUCUGCACCAGACCCAUUCAUGCAUUUGAACCAACAUUUUCCAGUUCCUGCUUUGUGUCAGGAACUGUAUUUCUGCGUGGGGAAAUGAACACAGAGCGGAGUCAGGCUACCAUAAGCCUUUUCCAGUGGGCAUGUGUGUGGCACAAUUUGAGUAUUCAGGUAAUGUUCAGUGACCUACCCCGUAUCCGGUAUUUCCAGAGUUAAAUGGAGGGUGAGAGGAGUGAUCCAGAGAAUCUGGAGAAGGAAGAAAAGAAACAUCUGAGUGACAACUUUGUUGUUUCUUUUCUGGGUGCUUCUCUCUACCAGCUCAGUUAGGCUUUCCAGCCAUGAGAUGUCAAUACCCUUAUUGGAAAAAAUGAGGGUUCCAAGGGACAGUGAAGUUUAAGAACUUGCACAGGGCACACUGCUAGUGAACAGCAUAACAAUUAUUUAAACUCGACUCUUCUGAUCCCAAAUCCUAUUGUAUUUUCAAAUACAAGGUCACCCACAAAUCUCUGUCUUUACCUUGGACAAUUGCUGGACAGGGGUGGGAGACGUCCUAGGGACAGAAUGGUGGAAUAGUUGUGUCUACAGGCAGUGCGGGCCGAGUGUGACCAAGCGUGCCCAGCCUCCUGGAUAAGCAAAGCGGAGACAGCCUCUGCCCAGGGGCCGGAGAGCACUCUCUAGUGCUUGCUAACGGGAAGCAGUGGAAUAAAUUGCCCCAGGCGGAGGGGCUUCCGACUCUGAGAUGAGUGGAUGAGGCUGAGAAGGGAGAAAACAGGCGCUUGGCGAGGGGUGGCGGAGGAUCUAAGGUUCCCUCUCGAAUCACCUGUGAAGCUGGAGCCACCCGCACGGUGUCUAACCGUUAAGCCUCACCCCUGCGCUCUGACCACAGGGUUUUAAGCCCAGCCCCCGGUCCGGCUUCCUCGGAUCCCACCAGAACAUCAGAUUCUCUGGAAUCGGGCUGUGGCUGCGAUGUAGGUUUUCGCCCCUGGGAGCUGCCUCAGGGGUGCGCUCCCCACUUCGUCACUCGCCCACUGUGCGGCAUCUAACAACGCCUUCUAGGGCUCUCCAUCUCCUCCUUACCCUGGCCCUAAUAGUUCAACUUCAAUAAAAUCAAAAGUCAGACCAAA